AUGGUAGACAGUUUUACAAGAUUCGUAACAACGCAACCCAUACCAAACAAGACCAGUUCAACUGUGGCGAACGCGUUCCUGAAUUCAUACAUUACAGUGUACGGAAUACCAGAAACUAUAGUGUCAGACCAAGGAACCGAAUUUACCGGCAACCCAUUUCAACAACUAUGUGCGCAAAUGGGAAUUGAACAUAAGACUACAACUCCAUACAACCCACAAGCCGACGGAACGGUCGAACGACAGAACAAAACACUAUGCGCGAUGUUAAGCUCAUAUCUGUCACGAGGAGGAACAAACUGGGAUGAGUUUAUAAAACUCAUAAGCUUUGCCUACAACACUACGCCAAAUCCAGUACUGAAGUUUUCACCGUACUUUAUACUAUUUGGAAGAGAAGCUUUAACCCCAGUACAACAAGAAGUCUACAGGAACUUACCAUCCAUAUAUGUUGAUAUGCCAACAUAUACCCAAAAAUUAGCCGAACACGUCAAACAAGCUUGGACACUUGUUCAAGAAGUAAGCGAAUUGGACAAAGUUGAAAUCAAGAAACAUGCUGACAAGUCAAAUUCAGCGAAACCACACAACUUUGCUGAAGGUGAUCUAGUUUUGAGAGUAAAAGAAGUCAGAGAUCACAAAUUUGACACGAAGUACAUUGGACCAUACAAAGUGGUCAGAGUUACAAAUCCAAACAUAACGCUAGAAGAUCCUCAAACCAAAAGACAAUUCAGUAUGCAUGUCAACAAAUGUAAAAAGUUCUUUCCGGAACCAGAAGCUAAACUACAAGACGCUAACGACAGAGAUCUACCAUCUUCUGACGAAGACAACGCUUCAGUUCACUCAACGUAUAACGCAAGAACGCCGAGGACGACGUUAAAAGGAACGGAGAGGCAGCAUGUACCAAAACGACCAGGUACCAGAGCCUAUGCCAAAUUCUACCAAAACAACAAGUUCGAAUAA